CCAGUGCGCAUGUCCUCGGAAACCCACACGUGGUUGGUCCGGUGUAAACCACGCACGCAGACUCAAGCAGCGGCUCAGAAAUGGCGGCCGACACGGGCAGCUCUUCGCUGCAGCUACCCUGCGUCUUUUCACCCAAACCCCGACAGUACCUGGCGCUGUGUGCCCAGGACGGCAGGCUGCGCGUCUGGAACACGGACAGUAAGACGCUCCACCGAGAGUACGUGCCUUCAGCCCACCUGAGCGCCACCUGCAUCUGCAUAGCCUGGGGACCAUGCCGGACCGUCAAGGAGGGCCCUCAGAGGAAGAAGAGGAAAUCGGAGGCCGGGCAGGUGGAGGAGAAGGCAGACCUGUUGGCGAUGGGCACAGCCGCGGGCAGUGUGCUCAUUUACAGUACAGCCAAGGGAGCACUGCACUGUACCCUGGAUGGAGGCCACAGUGGAGGAGUGAAUUGUGUCCAGUGGCAUCCUCAAGACAGUUUAUUAUACAGCGGCUCAGAUGAUACGAACAUCAUAGAGUGGGACCUGCAGACGGGCAAGGCGAGAAGUAAGUGGAAGGCGGACCGUGCAGCGGUGACCAGUUUGUGUGUGAGCCCUGACGGCAAACUGCUGCUCUCAGCCGGUCAGAUAAUCAAGAUGUGGGACCUGGACACCAAGGAGGUUUACAGGAAGUUCACAGGCCACUCCACCGCCGUGACGACCCUGCGCUUUGCCACCACACGACCCCCCGACAGCAACGGCCUUUACUUCCUGUCCGGCGCCGCACACGACCGGCUGCUCAGCGUCUGGCAAGUACGAGAAGACGGAAAGGACAAGAAUUCUGUGGUGUCCUUCACGCUGACGGACGAGCCGCAGCACAUCGACCUGGUUGCGGCCAACAGCAAGGAAGAGGCGGUGAGGCUGGCGGUGGUGUGUAAGGAUGGACAGCUGCAUCUCUUUGAGCACUUUUUAAAUGGGCCCUGUAAGAAGCCGUUGUCUCCCUCGUGUACGGUCCAGAUGUCGGACACGAAGGACUCCCCGGUGCCGAUCCCACUGCUGGCCGCCGCCCUCUGCGCCGGUACGCGGACUGUGCUGCUGGGCUACGGCAACCACCUGCAGCCUGUGAUGGAGAAAGUGGAGAUCAACACAGCAGAGAGACAUGUGUGUUUGACCCGGGAUGUUCAGACCAGCUUGUCUCUUUCCAUGGAGACCGCCGUCUCCAAGGUGAAAACCCCUGUUGUGAACACCAAGAGCAAAGUAUUGGUCCCAGGGCUUCCCGGUCACCAAGCCCCCAUCAAGGGAAGCUCACAGGGAUCAGAGAAGAGGAAAAAAGACACAGACACCAAAGAGAUGUCCAUAGCGGAGCGGCUAGGUGAAAUCGAUCUGUCCACAGUCUCCACCGACAAGGGGGCUCUUAAAGGGGCGGCCUCUUUACAGACGGACAACUUUGCUGUGCUGCUGGUGCAGGGCCUGGAGAGCAGCGACGCCAACAUCCUCAAUAAAGUUUUCCAGACUCGUAAAGAUAUGGUGAUAAAGAAAACGGUUGCUAGGUUACCCCUCCCUGCUGUUUUACCUUUGGUGGAAGAGAUCACAAAGAGGCUCCAAGGGCAUCCUUUCACGGCCGUUUUAAUGGUGCGGUGGCUCAAGGCUGUGCUCAUGCACCACACAUCAUACCUGGCAUCGCUGCCAGACCUGGUUACCCAGCUGGGAGUGCUUUAUCACAUGAUUGAGAGCCGAGUGAAGAUGUUCCACAAGCUAACGAAGCUGCAUGGGAAACUGUAUCUGCUAAUGACACAGGUGGCGACAGGUGACAGCAGCAACACCGUUACAGUUGUUGACCACACAGCAAAGCUGGUGUAUGAAGAAGAAUCAUCUGAUGAAGACGAGGCCUCUGGUGAUGAAGGUCUCCAUGACGACGACUCUGAUAACUGGGAGGAGGAGGAGGAGGACGCGGCGAUGGAGGAGGACAAGGAGGAAAAGGCGGACGAGGAAGAGGACGAUCCAGACAGCAGAACAGACUCCAAAGCGAACGGAGAGGAAGACAUGGAGCGUGGGAACGAGAGCGAAGAGGAGUAAGGAUGAGCGGGGGUGGAAUGCUAGUCGCACGUAAAAAUGGACCUGAAAGAGUUAUAUAUACUUUCAUUUUAUUUUCACUCUUUUUGAUUUUAUUAUCAGAACAAAGUAUGGUUUUACAAAAAAAGAAUAAAAAAAAUCAAGGGCCUCGUGGUGAUGAAAUCUGGGCAGCUGCCUCGCCACUACAAGGUUCAGUCACAAGGAGGUGAUGUCGUCUUCCCCCCCCAUCAGAGGAACGGAUGCAGCAUUUUGCGAAGUCGCGUAGAAACAUUCUGCUCUCUUCUUCUUCUUCUCCUUCUUCUUCUGCUGUCAGUUCAGUCUGCAUCCCAGCUCUACAGCCUGACCAGUUAGUGUUGAAAGAUGACUGAAAAGAAUGAUUUGGUGGCGUUCCAGUUUGCCGACACUGCUGUGUGCAUUCCAAAUUUUUUUAUGUUAUGUAUUAAUAAAUAGUAUUAGAGUAUAUUGUCUAAGCCUAACUGUAGAUGAGACAGCACUCUGUCUGCGCUCAGUUUAUUCUAAGACGACUCCGUAGGCCAUCUGGAACCAGCCUCGUCGCUCUAUGGAGGCAAACACAAACAGGUGUGGAGUUGGGAUGCAGCCCCCCCUCACAACCCCAGGUGUUUUGUUGUACAGAAUACUGCUCGAUCCAGAGGCGAGACCAUACAUACAUACAUACAUACAUCAUGUCCCUCAAACAAUGUAAAUCUGUAUGUACAGUGAAGUGUUUGAAUGAGCUCUUCCCUCUACAGCUAUUCCCCCACAAAUGCUUGGGAUUAAAUGAACUCCUGUAAAGUC